GAAGCGACGCGGCCAGGAGAGUUCCUUCCGCCCCAAACAGCUCCCCAGAACCAGCCUUUCCGUCCCGACAUCGUCACCACCCUGGUCUCGCCCCUUCCCUUGGCGCGGAAUGAACUGCUCCAGCGGCGGCCUCUGAGUCUGACACUCACCUCCGCUCAGCCGCCGGGCUCCGGCCCCGAGAUGGUGAUCCUGAGCACGCUGGGUCCCGGGGUGGCGCGGCUACUCUUUUACCCGACGCUUCUGUACACGUUGGCGCGGGAGCGGCUGCCGGGAUCGCAGCGGCCGUGGUUCAGCCGCAUCGACCGCACGGUGCUCCUGGGAGCGCUGCCUUUGCGGGGAAGGUGCCGCCAGUUGGUAGAAGAGGAGAAUGUGCGAGGUGUUGUCACCAUGAAUGAAGAAUAUGAGACUCGCUUCCUAUGCUGUUCUCGCCAGGAGUGGGAGGCAAUGGGUGUCGAAUGCCUUCGUCUUAGCACUGUAGACCUGACUGGAGUCCCCUCAUUGGAAAACCUACACAAAGGUGUCCAGUUUUUACUGAAGCAUCGUGAAUGUGGAAACAGUGUUUAUGUGCAUUGCAAAGCUGGCCGCUUUCGCAGUGCCACUAUGGUUGCAGCAUAUUUAAUUCAGCUGCACCAGUGGACCCCUCAAGAAGCAAUCGAAGCCAUUGCUAAGAUCCGGCCUCAUGUCAUCAUCCGCCAAAAACAGGUACAGUUACUAGGGGACUUUCAUAGGAGUGUAACUGCUGGAACUCCUGCAGAAUGAUGGCAAGAACCACCAAAGACAGAGCAUGGGCUGGCAGGUGGGCAGAAAAGCUCACUGGGGAUACAGCAAAGCCACCAGAGGAUACACAGGAUCCUAGUCAGAAAUAAUCAGAUUCCUAAUGUACUGUUGAUUAGGGGCCGGCUAUGAUUGUCUUAUCUACCAAUAAAUAAUCUUC